GGAAGCAGCCCUGCCGGAUGGCCCGGGAUGCUCGCAAGUACCUGGCCUCCUUCUUCUCAACGCCCUUCCGGCGGAAGACCCAGCUGCUGGCCUACUUGUUUCUGUGCGUGUCCAAGAUGCCCUUCAUCCCGCCCGUGCGUGUGGCGGGCGGCAAGGCGGAGGGCAAGGUGGAGGGCAAGGCGGAGGGCAAGGCGGGCGAGGCGGCGCCCCUGAAAGAAAGCGCCUCAGUGAAGGAGCGCUUGGUGUCCAACCUCAAGCAGCUGGGCAAGAAGAGCCGCCUGCCCGCAGCCGCCAAGGAGCUGUCGGAGCCCAGGAAGAAGGGCCUCUUGUCGUGCCGGGGGCUGCCAGAGAGCCUCCCCGCCUCCAGGACCGGGGAAUCCUCGGCCAAGUCCCGUCAGGUGAGGCCCCGAGGUAAAGCCCGACCGGAGGAAACCCGUUUCACGCUGACCCUGACUCCUGAGGCGGUCCUGCUGCUUCAGCGACGCAACAACAGCAGCAGCAGCUGCAAGAAGGCUGUUUCCGGAAGCGUCCCGGACUCCAGGCCAGCCAGGCGGGGCCUCCAAUCGGCGCCGUCCCACGGCCGGGCGGCGGCGGCGCUGGUCAGGACUCGCUGCGACGUGAGCUCCAUGGUGAAGGUGUCGCUGCUGAACGAGCGUCACCGCUACGACGACGUGGAGUACGAGGACGAGGGCGACGGCCAGGUGGAUCAGCGCGUGGUGCUCAAGUGCACCGAGUGGCUGCGGGGGCUGGAGAACGUGCCCGUCGGGCGCAGGAAGAAGGCCGGCGCCAAGAGCUCUUGA